AUGAACGUCCAACUUAAUUGGAUACCUGGUCGUCCUGAGCUGGAGAAUGAGAACCUCCUCUCAGCCUUCGGCAUUAGCUUGGCUAUCGAUCGGAGGAUAGCCAAGCAAAAUCUUCGAGCCAAGAGUCCUGAACUAAUGAAGAAAUUCAGCGUUCUGAGACUUGCUUCAGGGGCCAUCCAGCGGGCCGAGGAUAAGCCUCUUCCCCUUCCUCCAAAGGACUCGGCAACCGUGGAGAAGGGUCUGGAGGACGUGCCUUCGGAGCAAGAGGCUCUCCGACUUCUUGAAGAAAGAAAGCAGGUUCAUAUCCCCGAUGAAUCUGAGAGGGUGGUUCCUCCCCAGACGAGGGGUGCGACAAAAAAGAGUGGGAAGAAGAAGAGGAAGCGGGAUUCUUCUUCCCACAAGGAGAAGUCGGCAAAGAGGCCCUCCGGGGGCGCGGUCCCUACCGCCCGGCCCCUCCAAAUAAGGCCAGUUGAAGAGGAGACCUCGCCCCUUCAAGACUCUCCACGGCCAUCUUCAGAUAAAGGGAAGGAGAAAAUGGGGGAAUCUUCCGCGGCUCCCUCCUCUCAAUAUGCCGAGGUUUACCGUCGCCGGGAGGUUUCCCCUUUUCGACGCGACACACCCUUUCCGGAGCUGAGGCAUAAGGGCUUAGUAGUCCGCUUUAACAGGGCGACGUCCAACUUAAUCAGCAAAGUGGACGUCGACCUUUUAGAAUCUAUGCCCCCCCGUGAUAGGGUGCGUCAAGCACAAGCUUCGGCGGCGGAGAAUGCAUUUGAUUGA